AUGGCUGCUGAGAUAGCGAACAUCUCGAUAGCUCAGUAUGAGUUGCGUCAAACAUGGGCUUCUGAUCCUUCUCAGUCCCAGGGCACUAUUUUUGAAUCUCUGAGAGGAUGGUCGACCUGGCAAUAUAUCGUCACAUUUUUGUUCGCUGUGGUGCUUUAUGACCAAGUCAUGUACAUCAAACGGAAGGGCUCAAUUGCUGGACCUCCACUGAAGAUUCCGCUCAUGGGACCAUUUCUUCAAGCCUUGGAUCCGAAGUUUGAAGGAUACCUUGCACAAUGGGCAAGCGGACCCCUCAGCUGCGUUUCCGUCUUUCACAAAUUUGUUGUUCUCGCCUCCGACCGAGACCUAGCACACAAAGUAUUCAAAUCACCUUCAUACGCUGAACCAUGCAUAGUGCCGAUUGCGAAAGACAUUCUUGGUCACAAGGCAUGGGUUUUCCUUCAAGGUAGGGAUCAUGCUGAGUACCGAAGGGGCUUGACACCUUUAUUCACAAACAGGGCCAUGGCUACCUAUCUCCCUGUUCAGGAGAGGGUUUUGGCCGACUACUUCAAAAAGUUUGUCGCUGCAAGCAGGACGAACAAGGGAAAGCCCAAGGAGUUCAUGACUAUAUUCCGUGAGAUUAAUUGUGCGCUCUCCUGUCGAACAUUCUUCGGUGAUUAUAUUUCUCAGGCUGCGGUUAAGAAGAUCGCCGAUGACUUCUACCUAGCCACAGCUGCCCUCGAGCUGGUCAAUGUGCCUCUGUCAAUGUACAUCCCCUUUACUAAACCAUGGCUUGGAAAGCGAACUGCCGAUGCUGUCCAUGUUGAGUUUGCAAAAUGCGCAGCUGCAUGCAAGGCGAAUAUGGCGACCGGCGCAAGGCCCACGUGCAUCGUAGAUCAUUGGGUGCUUCACAUGAUGGAGUCCAAGAGAUACCACGAGAAAGUUGCCGCAGGGGAGACAGACGCGGAGAAGCCAACCAACAUGAUCCGCGAGUUUACAAAUGAGGAGAUUGGAGAGACGUUGUUCACGUUUCUGUUUGCUUCCCAAGAUGCGUCCAGCAGUGCAACAACCUGGCUGUUCCAGAUUCUCGCUCAGCGGCCCGAUGUCCUUGACAAACUGCGAGAAGAAAACCUCGCUGCCCGCGGUGGUGACAAAAAUAAGACCUUCGACCUCCCUAUGUUAGAGUCACUUACAUAUACCAAUGCUGUUAUCAAGGAGCUGCUGCGCCAUCGGCCACCGGUUAUCAUGGUGCCGUACCUUGCGACCAGGGAUUUCCCCGUCACACCAACCUACACUGUACCGAAAGGCGCGAUGAUUAUUCCAUCGUGCUACCCAGCUCUACACGAUCCAAAUGUGUAUCCCAACCCCGAUACCUUUGAUCCUGAUCGGUGGAUAUCUGGGGAUGCUGAGUCUAAGACAAAGAACUGGCUUGUCUUUGGUGCAGGGCCACACGACUGUCUUGCAAGAAGAUACGUACCGCUGUCUAUGGCAGCGAUGAUUGGAAAGGCGGCGUUGGAACUUGAUUGGAAGCAUCAUGCCACAGAACAGUCGGAGGAGAUUCGGGUGUUUGCCACAUUGUUUCCGAUGGAUGGCUGUCCGUUAGUUUUCACGGACCGUUCUUAG